ACCACUUCACAAAAUGCUUUUCCUCCCAGCUGCUGCUCUGUGCUGUCUGUGUUCAGCGCUGGUUGCCAUGGCAGCACAGCUGAUUCAGGAUGAUUUAACAUUGACCAGGAAAGCUGGUGUAAAUGUUUCCUUCAGCUGUCGAGGAACUGAGCAGUGUGACAGUAGUUAUGAAGUAUACUGGUACCAGAAGAAAGACACAGAAACAUUCACAGGGAUUCUGGGCAUUAGAAUCAGUGAUGGUGGUACAGUAGGUAAAGGUUAUUUCAAUCAUCCUCAGAAAGAUGAUUUCUCAGCUGCAAAGAAUCAGACCAUCUAUGAGUUGCAGAUCCAGACAGUUCAAGUUUCACAUUCAGCCACCUACUACUGCUCCUGUUAUAAACGAAACUACUACCUCAUCUUUGUCUCUGGAACUAAACUGUUUGUAGAUGAGCAGGUAGUGAAGCCCGUGGUGAGCGUGUACCCAGCAGCAUCCAGAGCCCACCUGGAGGGGAAGAGCUCCCUGCUGUGUCUGGCCUCAGCCAUGUCUCCUCCUCUGGUCCAGUUCUCCUGGAAAAGACAGAAGAAGAACGGCCCGCUGGAGGAGCUGACCUCUGCUGAGGAGCAGCUGGAGCUCAGAGAGCCGGGACGCAGCGCCUCCAUCCUGCUGCUCCAUCAGCAAGGGGACAGCACAUAUAAAUACCGCUGCUACGUCGAGCACGAGUCUGGCACAGUGACGGCCCAAACAGAACAAGGUAAUGAAGGCUUGGUGACUGUGUUCAGCAGUGAUUCAGCUUCAUCUGGAGACGCUGUCAGAGAGAGCAGAGGAGCAGAGCGCUGA